GAAAGUAUUAGGCUAUAUAUGGAUAGAGUUAAGACAUUUUGUGUUGCAAUUGAUGUAAUGAUAAUUAAAUGCCGAUUCAACACAAUUUGCGGUCAAUUAUUAUAAGACACGACACGUGUUUCACAACAAUCAAUAGCUGGCAUACGUUUAGAACCGUUGGUUAAACACAAGAUUAAUGCCAAAAACAUGACAAUCAAUACACAACAAACCAAUUCAGUGGACAAACGACUCAUUAUCUAUGCGUUGGGAAUAUUCGUCACUUACUUCUACUUUGGUAUUCUUCAGGAGAAGAUUACACGAAGCAAAUAUGGUGACAAAAAGGAGAUCUUCAAAUGUACAGUAAGUCUGGUAUUCAUCCAAUGUGUGGUUAACGCUAUAUUCGCCAAAAUAAUGUUGAUGACAUUUAUGAAACAAGGAAAGGACUCGACAAGCAAAUGGUAUUACUUUUUAAGCUCUUCAUCAUAUUUGGUAGCAAUGGUCUCAUCCAAUAUGGCUCUUCAACACGUGAAUUAUCCGACACAAGUAGUCGGCAAGUCAUGCAAACCCAUUCCUGUUAUGAUAUUGGGUGUACUUAUUGGUCGAAAACGAUAUCCGCUUCUAAAGUAUUUAUUUGUUUUAAUGAUUGUCAUCGGUGUCGGACUUUUCAUAUAUAAAGAUCAAACCAAAGUUACCGGUAGUGUAUCGGCCACUGCUUUGGGCAUCGGAGAGAUAUUGCUUAUAUUGUCACUAUCUAUGGAUGGAGUGACCGGAGCUUUUCAGGAUCGUAUGAAAAGCGAGUAUAAGACUCAAUCAGGACAUAUGAUGUUACAAAUGAAUCUGUGGUCAACUCUUUUAUUAGCAAUAAUUCUUAUAAUAACCGGUGAAAUCUGGCUCUUCAUUGAAUUUGUCGGACGGUAUCCGUUUGUUAUUAACAAUAUAAUCUCAUUUUCAGUUCUUAGCGCUAUUGGACAGAUGUUUAUCUUCCUAACUGUGGCCAACUUCGGGCCGCUCUCGUGCUCUAUCAUUACAACUACUCGUAAAUUCUUUACAGUUUUGGGUUCAGUCCUACUAUUUGGUAACUCUCUGUCCAACAGACAAUGGUUGGGUACAACUUUAGUUUUCAUAGGCUUAGCAUUGGACAGCUUUUAUGGCAAAAGCGGUGCUUCAAAGCCUAAAAUUGUUAAAUGAUAGUAAAAUUUAUAGUUUAACAAUUUAAUUUAAAAUUAUAUUUAUUAUUAAUUU